AUGUCCUUUCGUCCUGAUGUUGCCGAGAUUCCACCACGACCCUUGUGGGAUUGGCUGCUGCUUGCUACUUGCCGCUGCUAUGGACACCAGCACCUCUCCGCUGAAGAAGCACCGUUCCAUAACUGCUUGCUGCCUUCUUCCAGACUCUCCCUUCCUCUAGUACUAAGCAAGCAAGUUAUUGCUCAUCACAACCAUUCCAUCUCCUCCCGAGGUCCUCUUCUUCCGCUUCCCUUUUUGGUCCCGUUGGCCCCCGUUGGCCCCCGUGGCACGCUCCUCACAACCCUCCCCACCCAAUUGGAUCUUCCGCUGUUCCGUUCUUGGGUCGCGCCUGCCCCUCCCCUCCCUGACGGAUACUUCGGCCCAAGCACCUUUGGCCUUAUUGCCACGGCCCGCCCACCCUUCCAAUCCCCCGCUGUUCCCUGCAUUGACGCGCCGAGGUCUUCUCCUGCUCCACCUCAGCACCCAUUCUGCAGGACUGGUGGGACUGGUGGGACCUUAGGUGGGAUUGGUGGGACCCAGUGGCUUGCAAGCCCGCAUACGCCCACGCACUCCGGCGCCGAAACAACCACGCACCCGCCCUGCCUUCUGGAUCGGGUCGGUGCAUUCCCCCCCGCCUCGGUCCAACCAUACGAGAAACCUCCCCCAUCCAACCUGGAUAGAACUUGCAUCCAACUCUCUCUUAUUCAACCAAACUACGCCGGCACCUGUUGCUGCUCAGGUGAUGCUGCUGCUGCUUGCUGCGCGCACUUAGUCACUGGCGAUUUUGCUGAUUAA